UGUGAUCAGCAGAGAUGCAAAGUCAGAAUAACAGGAAAGAGAGGAGGUGUCGACAGCGGACGAUAUCAGAGCCUGCGCAGAAGCCGUGACGCCGCGGUGCAGGGAGGAAUCCACGUGACCAGUACCAACCCCGCGCAUAUGACGACACUGAGCACGUACGCCGUCGUUGCCAGGACUUGCAGCUUCCUUCCCUGUUUAUCAUCUCGUCCGCUGCCGUUUCCCUUCCGCAAUUCUCCUUGCGUCUGCUGAAAUGGAUUCAAGCAAGUCGAAGCAGCGCCGCAAGAGCAGCAGCGCGUCCUCGGACGACAGAAAGCCGGUCUCGUUCUUCGCCCGGUUCGCAAACCAGGUGCAGUCGUCGGUCGCAGCGACCGCGAACCAGCCUACGCAGACGUCGUCGUUCAAGAUCCAUCGGAAAGAGACAAAGCCGUUUGCGUCGAAUGGCUCUGCGAUGCCGCCUCCUAAUUUUGCUGGGACCUUUCUCGCCGGCGUGAGCGAGGACCCGAACCUCAAGAUCCGCUCGACGAUGGAGGACGCUCACUGUAUUAUUUACGAUUUCCCGUCCGCGUCGUUUACUUCAUCGACCUCGCCAGCGACCACCACCACGUCCACGUCCUCGUCCACCUCAUUCCUCUCGCGCUCACGAUCCCGAUCCGAAUCAAAUCCCCCCGCGCCAUCACUGCUAGGAACAGCAAUUGGCAGCAACGUAUCUGGGCACAUCUCCGCCGAUGCGGGGUUCUUUGCAAUCUUUGACGGCCACGCAGGCAAGGCGGCUGCCGAGUGGUGCGGACAGAAACUGCACUCCGUGCUCGAGGACCAGCUCAAGCGCGAUCCACACGGACAAGUGCCCGAGCUGCUCGACCGUACGUUCACCGAGUCAGACGUGCUGCUUAGCAAGCAGCCAGUGCGUAACUCCGGCUGCACUGCGGUCGUGGCGCUCCUGCGGUGGGAAGACCGGCUGCUACGGCCAAAGGAAGGCUCGGACGGCAGUCAACAACAGCAAGAACCACCCCAGCGUCCAUACCACCACAACCACUUUCUGCAUCAUCAUUCCUCUCCCGCACCAUCAUCAUCACAAACACAAACACAGUCACAACCAAAGACGGUGCGCGAGCGGAUGCUAUAUACCGCAAAUGCCGGAGACGCGAGGAUAGUGCUUGCCCGGAACGGACGGGCCCUGCGUCUGUCGUACGAUCACAAAGGCACGGAUCCAGACGAAGCGCAGCGGGUAGUCAACAGCGGCGGCGUUGUGCUGAACGGGCGCGUGAAUGGUAUUCUGGCGGUGACGCGGUCAUUGGGCGAUCUGUACAUUAAGAACCUGGUGACUUCGCAUCCGUACACGACCGAGACGUAUUUAACAGCCGAGGACGAGUUUAUGAUUCUGGCAUGCGACGGGCUCUGGGACGUGUGCAGCGAUCAGGAGGCGGUGGACGUCGUGCGGCCGAUUGCGGAUCCGCAGGAGGCCAGUCGGGCGCUGGUCAGUUUUGCGCUCGAGCAUUUCAGCAUGGACAAUCUGACGGUGAUUGUGGUUCGGUUCGACAGCCGGAUGUCGGACGUGAUUCGGUCGAACCAUACGAAGAGCAGCAGUAGUAGUAGCAGCACAACGACGAAAAAGCCGCCGCCGACGCAGCAGCAAACGACGACGAUCGAGGAGGAGACCGAGGGAGAGGCGGAGACAGCGGAUGUGAGUGCGCGGGUGGAAGCAUUGGCUGUUUCAUGAUCGAGGUUGUUUUUGUUUACAUAUCUGGAAACAUUGUUUGGUUUACUGAGGUUUUGUACUUUCACAUCUUUCACAUGUAUAACAUAGGAAGACUUUCAUUCAAAGUAGUAUUAUGUAGUUUUGGAGAGUCUAUGCUGGAUCGCGAGGUCUCUUCGUAGAGUAUCGCGGGCUUGUAUCUGUAGAAGAGGUAUAGUGAGCGCAAGUUGAGAUCAUGUGAAAGAUAGUGGAGGGCGUACUAUGGCAAUCUCGGAAGAGUCGAGGGCAGCGUUGAAGGACUGCGAGGCCGCAAUGACAGCACCGAACGAGUCCAGCUUGAGAGGCGGGUAGACGCUGCGUAAU